AGAGAGAGAAAGUAACUCCAGGACGAGACCGGAGCGACCCGCGCACAUCGAGCAUUAGGCGACGAGGCUGCGCCGGGCGCCCGACAACCGGAGGCUGCGGGGGGCGGAGGCUGCGCCCGAGCCGGAUCCAAGAAGUGGUCUCGGGAGAAGGGUCGUGAUCCACCACAGAUGCGUUUGUCGGAGGGAGCCGUGGAGAUUCGGGUCAAGGCAUAACGCCUGGGGCUUCCAAUGAUACUCUGGGCAGAGAUGGAAGCCUAGAUGCCUCACCGCAAGGAGCGGCCGAGUGGGUCCUCGCUUCACGCACACGGCAGCACCGGCACUGCGGAAGGAGGAAAUAUGUCCCGGCUGUCUCUCACCCGGUCGCCUGUGUCUCCCCUGGCUGCCCAGGGGAUUCCUCUGCCAGCUCAGCUCACCAAGUCCAAUGCACCUGUGCACAUUGACGUUGGCGGCCACAUGUAUACCAGCAGCCUGGCCACGCUCACCAAGUACCCCGACUCCAGGAUAAGUCGCCUCUUCAACGGCACAGAGCCCAUAGUCUUAGACAGUCUGAAGCAACAUUAUUUCAUUGACCGAGAUGGAGAGAUAUUCCGUUACAUCCUGAGCUUCCUAAGGACGUCAAAACUGCUGCUCCCAGAUGAUUUUAAGGACUUCAACCUGCUGUACGAAGAGGCUCGGUACUACCAGCUGCAGCCCAUGGUGCGGGAACUGGAGCGCUGGCAGCAGGAGCAGGAGCAGCGGCGCCGCAGCAGGGCCUGUGACUGCCUGGUGGUGCGUGUCACCCCCGACCUGGGUGAACGCAUUGCCCUAAGUGGCGAGAAAGCCCUCAUCGAAGAGGUCUUCCCUGAGACUGGGGACGUCAUGUGCAACUCGGUCAAUGCUGGCUGGAACCAGGACCCCACACAUGUUAUCCGUUUCCCGCUCAAUGGCUACUGUCGACUCAACUCUGUGCAGGUCCUGGAGAGGCUGUUUCAGAGAGGUUUCAGUGUGGCUGCAUCCUGUGGGGGUGGUGUAGACUCCUCCCAGUUCAGCGAGUAUGUACUCUGUCGAGAGGAACGGCGACCGCAGCCCACCCCAACUGCGGUCCGGAUAAAGCAGGAGCCCCUGGACUAAGCCCUGCCUCAGUUCCCCAACCUGAGGCCCUUCAGCCCUGAAACAGUGCUGAGGAGUUCCUGCCUGUUCGUGCUAUGGGCAUGAGACUGAGAAUGAGACUGGAGCGUCUGAGCUCAGCCCAGGGAGCUCCAGGUGUCAUGGCAGCAGAGCAUAGGAUGCCAGAGAUAUGCCCACUGUGGAUGUGACCCAGAGAUGCUAUGGCUGCAACUCUGGUCCUGAGCCUGGCACAGCAUCCUCUGCUGGGUCAGUCACUCCAGAGCAGCUGUCUGUCCCUCUCCACACCUGGCAGACUCUGGCAGGUCUCCAUGCGCCCAAGAUGGCUUAUUUUUUUACAGUAUUUAAAACAGAAGUACCUAUCAUUGCACAAGUCGGCAAGGCCGGUGAGGAACGUCGCUGCUUUACCUGGUGCUCAGUUCUCAUUUGGAUGUGCAGCGAGCCUCAUGGUGGAUGGGCUACUGGCAUUUGGGCCCACGGGGGCUUGAUAGGUUGGGGCUCGGGAUAGAUGUGGGGAUGGCAGUGCAGGGGCAGGGCAGGCUGGGAGGAGGGCAGUCAGGGCUGAGUCGCUCUGUGACCUUUACCUGAGACAUCUACCUUUGCUGCUGCCCAGGGCUCAGGCUGCACUUGGUAUACACCUGACCUGCUAAUGCCCAGGGUUUUCAGUCCCAGCUGACUGUGUGUGCUCAUAUUUGGGUUCUUGGAGAAGUCUCCGCCCAUCCAACCAGCACAGGGCCACAGCUUAUCUCAGGAAUGGGCCCUGCUACCCUGGGACCUAUCUAUCAGCAUCAUCCUCUGGGUCCCCAGCUCAGGGAGCCACCCCCAGCUCCAAUUUUCCCACACUUAUGUGCACAUCAAGUUUUAAUAAAACUUAGUAAACUAGCCUGUCAGCAAGGCCCAGACCCAAGCUUACCUAGUGCUCUUGACCCCAGAUUCCAACAAGGACUGGUCCUGAGACCUGCUGCCUCCCAGACUACAGGCCCAAAGAUGGACACCCUGGCCUUGUGACAUUCUCCCAUGUGCUAGUUCCUCCCAACUGGAGGAACUGCAAAGAACUUGUGGGUGGGGUGCCUCAGCCGGCACCCCCUUGUGUAUAACACCUGUAGACUUGUAUAUGACUCCUUUAAUAUUGUAAAGAUGCCAACGUACAAUUGUCGUGUGUUUGUGUAAACACAUUAUGCGUUCCCGGUUCAUGCCAUAAAGGACGCUAUAAGCAAA